AUGAAUAGACUAUACCUUCACCAAAUCAUGGAACUGAACAACGAGGCAGCGGCUCUCAUCGUCCAAAAGGAGUACGACCAAGGAACGGAGAAACUGCAGACAGGCCUGAGGCAGCUUCAAGCUCAUCUGGCACAAAUGCCCCAGCUUUCAGUUGCCAAUAGUUCCGGUACCUGCUCUAACUCUCUGGAUACAUGGAUGUAUCCUGCGGUGGAAGCUCUUCACAAUGAACAAGCUGGCUGUGGUCCUACUGCUUCCUUCUUUGUAUACCGAAGACCUCUUGUCGUCCCACAAUUGACCAUUGGCAUAGUCAUGGCAAAUGCGGAAAGUCUGAAAGCGUACCCCAACGGUGUCGCAGGAGAGCACACCAGUCUUUUGAUUGCAAUGCUCUUCAACUAUGGACUCGUUUGCCAUUUGUCUUACAUUGAUCAUGAAGGGAAAUUGAACAAUGGGCGAUCUCUCCUCCAGAAAGCAAGUCAGAUGUACGACCUUGCGAUAUCAAAUCUUCGUCGCUUGGCGGCUUUCGGGGAAGCGGCUGGAAGCAGGACCAUUGUAAUUUCAUCCAACAUUCAAUUCUUCCGAGCAGCCAUGAACAAUCUGGCAAUCUGCGAGCAAACGCGGUAUGUCCUGGCACGGGAUGAAUCCUGCUCCUUGGAUAUUCCAUUCAAUAAGGGCUUUGAACGACUGCGAGAACUCUUAAUGCAGUAUCCAUCCUCUAAUGACGCUCCCGAAAAGGCUUUGUGGGGUUGCUACUUGGCAAACAUUUUGCAAGUGAUGGGCUCGUUCCAACCCAACUUCUGCGCAGCAGCAUGUUGA